AUGACAUCAUUAGGAAUGCCAGUGCAGCAUAGAAAUAUUUUCAAUACUAAAUCUACUUUACCUACAUUUGAUCCUUCUUCACUGAGUGAUGAAAGAAAGAAAAUAUUUACAACCUUGCAUGAAGAUGAUGAAUAUAAAGUUUCUUUAAUUUUGACUGCUUUCUCAGAAUUAGAAGAAGAUGCUGAUGAAGAUGAAGUACGGACAUGGUGCCAGAGAAAUGAACAUAAGUUCAUUGAUGAAGAAGAUAUUGAACUAUCUUCAACAAAGACCUCGGACACGAAUGAGGAAGAUGACAUAAGUGAAAAUAACACUUUAGUAUUAGAGCUGCUUGAAGAAGAAUAUAGUCUAAAUAUUUCUAUUGAAGCAGUUAAAAAAGCUAAACAAGAUCCUCAAUUGGCACGAGAAAUUGCAUCUGAUCUACUUGUUGGAAGGUAUACUGAAACUAAUGUUUCAAGUUGUGAGAAUGAAUGGAGUGCUACUAAAUAUUCACAAGUUUCAUUAUCUGUAAAAAUGGAGGUGGAAAAAGGAGAAUAUCUGGAUUUUGUUGAACUGGGAGAGUUUCUUAGAGAAUUAGCAUACCAAGAGACUCUAUGUUUUGAAAAGAGGAAUGUACACAGCACAUUAGUGGAAGAAGGAAAAAUAAAUUUACUUGCCAUUGAUACUUCAUCUACAUGGAAAGCUCUUUUAUUUCUGUAUAUGGUUGAUCAGAAAAAGCCUCUACCCACGCAUGAAGAAGUUCUUAUAUGCACUAAGGAUACCACAGUUGAACAGGUUACUUUACUAUGGCAUCGUGCAGCCAAUGAUGAAGAAAAGAAAAAAUUGUUUUGCCUUGUUAAUGCUGAUCAAUUACCUUUUAGUGUCUCUGAAAAGGUCCUUGAUUAUCUAGAAGUAAUAGUGCAAGCAUCAAAAAAUUUCAGGAUAGUCAUAUUGAUUAAUGCAAAGGACCAAGCUAGAAAUCAUUUGGCAUCAAGACUGAGUCUUUAUUUAAGAAAGUUGCCAAAAUUGCCAUCUGAUGAGGAAAUAGUUGAGUACAUUUCAACUCACACUGACGUAUCUUUUGAUAUAACAGCAUCAACUGAUCAAGAAAGGAAUAAUGGCAUGGGAAAAACUCUUCGUGUUAAAAGAAUGGCUAAAAUGAUUCAUAAGAUCAACAGUUCUGGAAAACCAAGCUAUGUCAAUAUUCCUAUUCAUGGCCCUGAAGUUUCAGCUCGUCAUGUCCUAGAAUUGAUGGAAGAAUGCAAACAAGAUCCUACUGAUACUCAUCCACAACUCAUACAUUUCAAUGUGGCACAAGAUAUGAUAGAGCAAAUAGAUUGGCUACUGUUUAAAAUUAUUGUACUGGGAGGAUUGGAUGAUGAGUAUGGUAACAUUUGGAGAAAAGUAGAAAAACAAGUUUGUGUUGUAGAGUGCACUUUAAUGAAGCUAGAUUAUGAAAAAUUAUAUGAUAGAUCUAUGUCACAGUUGUAA